AUGGCAUUCAAGGCACCGAUUGGUCUUACUCCAUUCCAAAUGAUCUAUGGGAAAAGUUGUCACUUACCCGUAGAAUUGGAGCAUAAAGCAUUUUGGGCUUUGAAGUUGCUUAAUUUUGAUCCAAAGGCAAGUGGUGAAAAGAGGAAACUACAAUUGCAUGAGAUGGAAGAAAUGAGGUUACAAGCUUAUGAAUCCAACAAAAUUUACAAAGAAAAGGUGAAAGGAUAUCAUGACAAGAAGAUUGUUGAAAAGGAUCUCAAGGAAGGACAAAUGGUUUUGUUGUACAAUUCAAGGUUGAAAUUGUUUCCCGGAAAAUUGAAGUCAAAGUGGUCGGGACCGUUGCGAAUCAAAGAAGUGAAGAAUUAUGGAGUGGUGGUGCUUGAGAAUCCGGCAACGAAGGAAACUUGGACAGUAAAUGGUCAAAGGCUCAAGGUUUACCUUGGUGGUGAAGUUGAUCGGAGUGCAGAAGCCGUUCCGUUUGUCGAUCUGAAAAGUCGAGGAAAAAUCGGGAAUUUGGGGACUGGUGUGACUGCUGCAUAA